ACAAGUGCAUAAAAAAGUCAAUUUACGAAGUAUCAUCCAAAUAGAUAGUAGGCUGGUGAAAUAAGUUAAAAUUAAAGAACAAAGUUUCAAAGAAAUUAAAAUAACUAAGUUUCAUUUCAAUCAAAAUUUAUUUAGAAUUUGUUUCAAAUUUGCAGCUGUGAAAUAAAAACAGGCAGCAACAUUACUUUCUAAUCUACAAGUAAUUUUUACGACUCUCGACAAAAGAUGGCUACAUCAAUUGAGGAUAGAUUCAAACAGUUCACGGAGGGUUUAUCCCAGAAAUAUGAACCUUUUGUUCGUCAACAUUUGGCCAAGGUCUACGGCGUUCUUGGUAUUACAACUUUAUUUACAGCUCUUGGUGUUUUGCUACAGAUGAAGUCUUUGAUUGAUUUGGGAGUGGUGUCCGCUUUGGGAUCACUUGGUCUUGUUUUGGGACUUCACUUCUACCAGGAUAAUGGUAAAAACUACAAUACACGUUUGGCAAUGCUUUUAGGAUUUGGUUUUUGCUCUGGUCAGUCCAUGGGACCCUUAAUUGGUUAUGUCAUACAAAUAAAUCCAGCAAUUUUGUUUACCGCAUUUGUUGGCACUUUCAUUAUAUUUGUAUCACUGUCAUUAGCUGCUUUAUUAGCUGAACGUGGCAAAUAUUUGUUCCUUGGCGGAUUAUUGGUUAGUGUGCUCAAUACCAUGGCUGUACUGAGUCUAUUUAAUAUGUUUUUCCGCUCUUACUUUGUGCAAUUGGGUCAAUUAUAUAUUGGAGUUUUCGUUAUGGCAGCUUUUAUCCUCUUCGAUACUCAAAGUAUAAUUGAAAAAUGUCGUCGUGGUAACGUCGAUGUUGUACAACAUUCCCUCGAUUUGUUCUUUGAUGUAUUAAGUUUGUUCCGUCGCAUACUUAUAAUCUUGACACAAAAGGAGGAACGUAAAAAUCGCCGCCGUAAAGAUAACUAAACAAAUUAAUAUUUGCAACUAUACGGCUAGAAAUAUACAACCAUAACCUGAAAGGAUGUCUUUAAGCCGUACAAAAAUGCAUUGCUCUAUUUCAAAAAAAUUUUUUUGAUUAUUCACUAAGUUUAUAUUGAUAUUUUUAUGAUUUAUAUAUGUAAAUACUAUAUUUGAUUGAUAGUCAUUAGAAAUUUAAAAUAUUUUGGCAAAGGUGUAAGAAUGUUCAAAAUAAUUUAAUUCAUUACCAAAAUUUAUAAAAUAUUUCUAAUCAAGAAAGCAAUUCACAAACGAUUCAGUUAAUAAAUUCAAAAUACAUUAAUA